GGUUGGAUAUCGGAAGCGGCUGGUUGGUGGCGCGUGAGCCGGGGGAGGGGGCGGCGGACAGGGGCAGUUCCUUUGGUGGAUCUCCGCAGCGAUGCCUGGUAAAGCUCAGCUGCCCGGUCGGGAGGAGGCUUCGGCGGGCAGAACUGAAACAGCUGUAGCUUCAGGUACUUUUGGAGGAGACCACACGCAGGCUCUUGUCUGGGCGCGUGCAAGGGAUGGAUGCACGCGCGUGUGAACCUUUCCGGAUCGUUUCGAGGCUUGCUCUGCAUCUUGGCUUGCGCUCAUCCUGAUCACAGCAAUGGCGAGCAAAGAAAUGUUACCCAGUCUGGAAGAGGCUUUGCCUGGUAGACCUGAGACCAUCGUCGUAUCAGCCAGCCAUGCCGUCCAGAGAACCCCGAUGUACCCACCAUUCCCAGAAGGAAUGCAGAUGGCAAUCUUUGGCAUGGGAUGUUUUUGGGGAUCAGAGCAACUGUUCUGGAAGAUUCCGGGUGUCUUUUCCACCCAGGUGGGCUUCAUGGGAGGCUUCACUGCCAAUCCCACCUAUAAAGAUGUCUGCACCGGGAUGACGGCACAUGCUGAAGUAGUACGAGUUGUGUUUGACCCGCAGAAGAUCAGCUAUGAGGACCUUCUAAAACUUUUCUGGGAGAACCAUGAUCCAACCCAAGGCAUGAAGCAACAUGAAGACAUUGGCACCCAGUAUCGGUCCGUAAUCUACACCAUUGGAGCAGAGCAGAUGGAGUCUGCCCUGAAAUCGAAGGCAAACUAUGAGCAGGAAUUGUCUAAGAAGCAGCUGGGACCAAUAACUACUGAGAUCUUGGAAGCCACGGAGUUCUACUACGCUGAAGAUUACCACCAGCAAUACCUGCACAAAAACCAGAGCACGUGUUCCAUCCUGAAAGGCACCGGCGUUGCGUACCCCUCUGGCAAAUGAGAGCUCCCCAAAGGGGAGUGCUCUUGGGAGCCAUGGUAAUCGUAACCCUUGAGCAGUUUCCAUGGAAACCGAAGCAGCCUAGCAGCCUCUUAAUUCAACUGCAAUUUAGCAACGGGGGGGGGGGGGCGUUGUUUCUUUUUUUCAUGUUUGUGGGACACUGUGAGGUUUGGGGAGACAGGCAAAAAUGGUUGGCCUGCUGGGAGACCUUUCUGUGCGUUUGAUACCCGAUAUGGAUAUGAUAGAUUGACCAAUUUCCAUCCAGGGCUGUUGUCCGGUAUUGCCUAGAGAGGCACCAAUGUAGACGCAUCACGCUUUUAUCCUAAUUGCAGCGUCUUUGCUGUCUUAUGGGCGUCUUAUAGCUGACCAAGCAAACGGCGAUUCCCAUAUAUCCCCGUUCCAUAUUGGCCGCUCACAAUUCUCUCUGUAGCAUUCUCUUUUGGUCACUGUGACUCAGGGAGAGGCCAUCUGGAAAUAUGAAAUAUUGCUCUUUUGACCCCAUGGAGGAUUUCUACAUCUGUGGCCUGUGGUGAAAGCCAAGACUGUGUUUUCUCCGCUCAGCUCACAGUACCUCUUCUAAAAUAUGAAGGGCACCACAGGCCAGCUACUGUUGAAAAUAGUUCCAUCUCCCUUUUCUCCUUCAACAAACAGCAACCAAAAAGCAGAGUGGGUCACUUUCCUCCCCCAAUUUUUUUCUAGUGGUGGGUGUGAUGCGCAGCCCAUGCGCCUCCAUAGGGUUUUCUUUUACACCCUCCAAUGGAUCUCCUAUUGUCACUGUGGCCAAUGUCACCACCACCAGAUUCCCACAUGGCCACUUCUGGCCACAGUAGGGUGCAGUCCACUUCUGGGGUGGGGGAUGCCGCCUUCCAACCCGUCACCAUUGACAACAUCUAGUUUAUUGUUUAUUCAGGACCCAUCCAUGUCCGGUUAUGCCACACCUACUGGGCUCUGAUUGGCUCCACUCCACCCUUACCCCUAAUUGCCCAUGGGCUCAUUUAUAAGAUUGUUCUAUCUUCAAGGCAUGUUUCAGUGUGAUUACCAGACUUUGUGCCUCAGCUAUGACCCACCAGUUUCCCAUGUAGGUAUGUAUAUUUUGUUGUUUAUUCAUUCAGUCGCUUCCGACUCUUCGUGACUUCAUGGACCAGCCCACGCCACAGCUUUCUGUCAGCCGUUGCCACCCCUAGCUCCCCCAAGGUCAAGUCCGUCACCUCCAGGAUAUCAUCCAUCCAUCUUGCCCUUGGUCGUCCCCUCUUCCUUUUGCCUUCCACUUUCCCUAGCAUCAGCCUCUUCUCCAGGGUAUCCUGUCUUCUCAUUAUGUGGCCAAAGUACUUCAGUUUUGCCUUUAAUACCAUUCCCUCAAGUGAGCAGUCUGGCUUUAUUUCCUGGAGUAGGGACUGGUUUGAUCUUCUUGCAGUCCAAGGCACUCUCAGAAUUUUCCUCCAACACCACAGUUCAAAAGCAUCUAUCUUCCUUUGCUCAGCUUUCCUUAUGGUCCAUCUCUCUCU